AUGCUGGAAUCCUACAAAAAACUACACGAGAAGUUAGAAAUCCCUAACGCACAUGAAUGUCAGGGAAGUGUCCGCGACCGGAUCAAGAGUUACAUGGAGGAUGUUAAGAAUUACCUUCGUAAAACAUCAUCAGUUUGGCUGUUGCUCGUUGAUAAUCUAACAAUCAAUGAUCCAAUGAGAGAAUUCUGGCCUUCUCCGGGACAGGAAAGCCCAUGGGGGGAGGGAACAGUCUUGGUCACGACUCAGGAUAGUGAACUCGUCCCCAGAUCCCACGAGAAUGCCGAGGUUAUACCGCUGGAUUCAGGAAUGGAAGAGGAAGACGCUAUGGAAUUGUUAAGAGUGAUAUCAGGAAUGGAUGUGGAUGAAGAUGCUAAAAAAGUCGCUGGUGUUCUUGGCUAUUUCCCGUUGUCUCUAGCCUGCGCAGCUGUUUAUGUUGGGCAAAUGAGAGAGGAUCGCCCGUUAUCAAAGUUUUCAUGGAAAAACUAUCUGUCGAACCUCCAAAAGUACUACGCGCAUCUUGAUCAUUCUGACUUCACACAUCACAAUCCAUGCUAUCCCCAGUCAAUGCUAGCAGCAGCAGAGUUCGCAGCCCGACGGAUGGCCGAAAACAACGAAAUUCUCCGAGCUGCCUUCGUGUUCCUUUCGUACUGCUCCCUACAACCGGUUCCGUUGGAUACUGUCGCUGAUUAUGUCUUACGCAGAACUAAAGCCAGGGUGCCAGAUGACGUCAAGCUGAAAAUAGCAAGGUGUUCUUUGCUAGUAUAUCCGCAAACAGGAGAAAGGGGAAGAGAAGUGGUCACACUUCAUCAAGUGAUGCGGAUGGCGUUCUCUCAAAUCAGGCGAAAUCCAGACGAAUCGGAAGGAAACGUUGAUAAAUGUGAAGUUACUGGCGAGUUUCUGAAGAAAAAAGAAUUGAAUGGGGUACUUCAAGCUUUAAACGAGGCCUACAAACAAAAGAAGGGUCAGUUAAAAAAGGAAGAUCUCGCCUUAAGGAUUCUGUUGUGUCCACACUUGAAAGAGUUUGUUGAAGGAGUGGAGGUGGUCCAGUGGCUUGAAGAAACUUUACUUGUUCAGGCGUUGGUUCACUUCGCAGAUGGUCUCGUGCACGUUGCUGGAGCAACCGACAAUUACCGCGUGACUUUACUUGAGCGCGCUUAUAAGAUCAACAAACAACUGGGUUGUACUGAUAUCGAUGCAUGCACGUUGCUUUGCGACUUGGGCUACACCUACCGUGAAGCGGGCUUACUCGAUAAAGUGAUUCCGAUCCUUGACGAGGCCAUUAAGCUCUGUGAGACCAAAACGGAUCCCAUAUGGAUGAAAAAGAAAUCAGGAUCGUUAAACAUUCUUGCUUUCACAUUCCGUGAAAGUGGUCAGCUGGAUUUAGCGAAGGAGUACAUGAAGCUAAGUGUUGAAGUGACUAGGAAGGCUUAUGGGGACAUUCACGUUCAGCUGGUUGAGAGAUUGUGCAAUCUAGGAAUCAUUUUGCAUGACAGAUGGGAAAACGAUGAAGCUAUUGAAGUCCUGGAGGAAGCCAGAGAAAUCGUCGAAAAGUGCGACUCGGCAGAGAUGUUCAUUCGUGGCCAGGUGUUGAAUUACACGGCUAAAGUCCACCUGCGCUGGUAUCUCGGAUUGCGUUACACGCAUCCCAACGAGUGCAGCACUAAAAUGCAUUUGACAGAAUCGGUCAGGCUACACGCACAAGCGUUAAACAUCUACCACGAUCUUUAUGGAGAUAAUCACAAGUUUACCACCGGAGUUAUGAUGACAUAUGGAACGGCAAAACUACAUUUAGGAGACAUUGACGAAGCUUACGAAAUGUGCCAGAAGGCCUUUGAUGUAUACAAAAACUCAGGACACAUUGCGUGGCCACGAGCGGGUAAUUACCUUGCAGAUGUCCUUCUCACUCGAGGGGAGUAUCGACGUGCGAAGGAGCUUCUGGAAGAGCUUGUACAGGCUCAUAAAAAUUUGAACCUCGUAAUGAGCCCUGGUGCCUGUCGUUCGAGGGCUCUCUUGGGCGAGGCUUCUGUGCACGUUGGUGACGUGGACGCCGGUAAGACGAUCUUGGAAGAAUGUCUACAAGAGUGGAAAGAGAAAGAAAUUCAUCCAGAACAUUACUUUGUAGUUCGCACGCAAGCGCUUCUGGAAGGACUUAAGUCACGAGAGUCGCGGAAGUGCGAUGGCCGAAGCUUCCAUGAGUCUAUUAACUCUGCGUGAGUUGCUCAAGAAACUAUAUUAAUGAAAGAUUAAGUAAUGAACGCUUCAGAAAUUUAGAAAAGCUGGCAGAAUAGCCGGAAUACUUACUGCUUUGCACACAGAGAGGCGACCACGGGCGCGAAUGAAACGUUUUGUGAAUUUGAAGCCGAUGCAUUGUGUAAUGAAUCCCCGUGCCUCGACGCAAAUCUGUGGCAAGUAUGUUGUGUCGUCCGCCGUCGAUUAUAUGCUAUUGUGUACGACAUAAUUUGAACGAUUGAUCUGGUACUCGAUUCUAAAACGUAUUUGACAUGCUUUCUAAUUUCUCGCUUAAUGUAAUCAUUUCGUCGGUACAAGAAACUUUCAUAACUCUACUAUAUAUUUGACCGAACGAAUGCUUUUGUGCAUGCAUGCUCGUACAGGCUUAGCAGUAGUUGGUGAAGAUAAGUGUUCAUUUACUGUGAAGCAUCCCGGGAAAAGCUAUCAGUCAGCAGUUUCAAGUGAGUUGCUUCGCAUGUAAACAGUUCAGCCGAUUGAAUUGAAAGACACACCGAAGGAGGAUUUUUUUUACUUAUUGGCAGUUUUGCAUUUGCGAAAAUGACCGAACCCUUGUACUUUUCGAUUAGCUCUGAGUCUGUGAAUAAUCAUAAAAGUGUGCCUUGUUUUCUAUGUGUGUGUGUGAGAAAUUUUCCUAUUGCCAAUUAUUGAAAUCUGCAAGCAAGUAUUUUUUGUCCAAGACAAGUCAAAAGAGGAUGCCGUGUUACUUGCCCAGUCUCUUAUAUUAAGUCACUUUUAACAUUCUAGGUGUUCCCAGAGUGGAUACCCAAAACGCUUGUGAAAUGAAAGUUUUUAGUUCAGUACAUGUCUAAAACAACUGAUGUUGUGUUCCAUAAACUGUUAUUUAACGGGCGGGAGGUCUGUAUGGGGAAAAUA